GAGGGAGUGCUUCGGAUGCUCUGGGGGAGAGAGGAGCGCCAGGGCGCAGGUGUGAAGCAGUGCCUCGGGCGGCGGGGCUAUCGCGAGAGGCGGCAGCCGAGCCACAGCCGGCACACGCUGUCGGGAAAAGCCGCGCCCUGCGGGGAAAUCGAAAGCGAUAGCGGCGGGGAGAGGAGCCGUCGGGCAGCCAUGGAGGGGCAGCGGCCGUGCGCCUUCCCGCUGCUGGUGCGAGGGGACUGGGGCGCCGCCGAGCCGCCGCCCGCGCUCAGGAAGAAGCUGCUCUGCUACUUCCAGAGCCAGAAGCGCUCGGGCGGCGGCGAGUGCGAGCUGCGGGUCGGGACCGACACCGGGACCGGACACAUCCUCGUCUGCUUCGCCUGCCCCGAGGUCAAGCAACGAGUUCUUGAGAGACAGUCUCAUCAGCUGCAUUUGGGAGGAGAAGAAAAAUUGAGGUUGAUUGUCACAGAGCCUGAAGCGGCACUAGCUACUAAAGAGGAGACAUGUGAAGAAAAAUCAGGUCUCACAAAGGCUUUGGAUGCCAUGAGUAGCCUUCAAAUAAAAGAUGAUACACAAGGCUUGAAGAAAGCAGUGAUUUUUGCUUCAAACAGUGAACUCCAGGAGGAGGUUGGCUCUGGAGAAGCCUCACCUUUGGUGGUAUUUGAGAACAUAGAGAAAUGCAGGCCAGACUGCUUACAGAUGCUGUUGGAGAACAUCAGUGGCCUGACUGUAGAUGCUGACUUUACUGUUGAACUGAUACCUGAAAUAAAUGCUGCUGUUGCUACCUUUCCAAAAAGCAUUGAUACUAAGGAAUUUAUUGAAAAAUGUUCACAAAACAGAAGAGUCAGAGAAUUCCAAAUCACUGCCAGGCUCCUUGAGCCAACACAGACCAUCAAGGUUGAAAACCUACCAGACAACGUUUCCAUGGAUUACCUCACGGUGUACUUUGAGAGCGCACGGAACGGAGGGGCGCCCGUGUCAGAUGUCCGGCUCUUCCCUGAGGAGAACUCGGCCAUCAUUACUUUCUGUGACCACAGAGAUCUAACCACGGUCUUGGAAAAGCGACAUUUACUGGAACAGACGCUGAUUUCUGUGCAUCCAUAUUACCACUCCCUGGGAACAGCACUCUAUGGAGAAGAAAGACCAGCUGUCAAGAUGCCAGACCCCAUUGAGGUGCCACUAGACCCAUAUGUAUGGCAGUUUUUACAAAAGCAUGCCGAUGUGACCCAAAACAUAAACCAGGAAAUGGCAGUUUGCCAUUCUGAGCUCGUAUGGCCCCAAGCAGACUGUGCAAACCCAGAAGUUAUGUUGUGCCCAUCACCAUCUCUCUGCAAGCAGAAAAAGCCAAUGAUUAAGUUGCUUAAGACAUGGCAGCAAGAUGCUUCCACUGAGUUCUCACGUAUCAUGGCACGUUACAUAUCUAUAAAAUGUGAAGUCAAUUCAUCAGGUUGGGAAGAUGUGAAAAAAAGACUGUCCAAAGAUGUUGGUCUGAUCAUAACUGAUAUUUCUGAGGAGAUGGUGGUGAUUGCAGGCAGCAGAGCAGCAGUGGACAGUGCAGAGAAAGAAGUGAGGGAAUGCAUGAAGCAAAGUGAAAGGGAAAAACAGAGCAUAGAAAUUUCUGUGUCAGUGAUCCCAGGGAAGUAUGCUGUGCUGCGCAAUGCUGGGUUAGAAGAGAAUAUUCAGAAGGAAUAUCCAUGCCUGAAGGUCUUUUACAAUGACAAAAAAAAGACUGUUCAGUUGUGUGGAUUACCUGCAGAAGUGUAUAAAAUCAAAGCUGACUUAUUGGAAAAGGUAUUGAGUAUGCCAUGUACAUCAGUUACCAUUGACCCCCAUGUUUUCCACUAUCUUCGGUCUGUAGAUAAUAAACGUACAUCAGAUGUGUUGUUCAUUAAGGAAAAUAUUAAUACUUUUUAUGAACUUCAGGAUGAUACUGUGUUGCUAUAUGGAGGUGCUCCCAAAGAUCUUCUAGAAGCGGAAAAGCAAAUAAAAACAGGUUUAGGAUACAAGUGCAUCAGUGUGGGGGAUGGUGAAGUCCUUAAAAAGGAUGAGUGGAAGAGUCUUCUUUUCUCCUCUCUGAACACAUAUAGUUCUUCCCAGGAAGUUGUCAUCUCUUGGCAGUCUGUUGGAAAAGAAAAUAAAAUGAUUAUUGCUGGCUUUUCUAAGGCUGUAACACAGGUCUAUCAGAGACUUAAUGAUUUUAUAGAUAGAAACGCACCCAUUGAAAAAGUAAUCCCAGUUAAUUCAGUGGUGAUAGUGCAGUUUGUAGAGAAUGUGAAGUCUGGUGUUUGUGGAGAAUUGAAGAAGAAAGGUGUGACAGUACGUUUUGACACCAAGACACCAUGUAUUUCCCUGAGGGGACCAAGAGAAGAAGUGCCAGAAGCAUUCAUCAUGUUGGAAAAAAUGGUCUCCUCCCUUUACUCAAAAAAUGUGCUAAUUGACAAACCAGGCGCAAAGGAGGUCUUCACUGAGAGGAAAGAUUUUUGUACUUCAGAAGCAAAGAAGAAAUUCAGCUGUGUCAUUAGGAUGAAGGAAGAAGAAGAAGAACAGAAGGGCAGAAAAACUGAUGAUAAAGUGGAAAGAAAGGUCUGCUAUGAAAAAAAACUGCCAGGAGGAAUUGUGGUAGGAGUGUAUAAAGGUGACUUGUGUGACUACCCUGUUGAUGUUGUGGUGAAUGCAUCUAAUGAAAAACUGAAACACAUUGGUGGCCUUGCUGAAGCCCUGUCAAGAGCAGCUGGCCCAGCACUGCAGCAGGAGUGUGAUGAGCUGAUGAGGAAGCUCGGGAAUUUGCAGCCCGGCUGCGCAGUGAUCACAUGUGCCGGGAAACUGCCCUGCAAGAACAUCAUUCAAGCUGUUGGGCCCAGGUGGGAUGUGAAGGAAUCACAAAGGUGCAUGUUGUUGUUAAAAAAGACAGUGAAAAAAUGCCUACAACUAGCUGAAAUAUACAAUCAUUGUUCCAUUGCUCUGCCUGUUAUAAGUGGAGGGAUUUUUGGCUUUCCACCACAGAUGUAUGCAAUUUUUAUUGUGUCCUCCAUCAAGGAGACCUUGGAAGAAUUCAUGGACGACAGCAGCUUGAAGGAGGUCCAUCUCGUUUGUAAUUCAGAAGAAAUAGUUCACACUCUGAGUGAGACAGUAAAAAAAGUAUUUUCAGCUAAUUCAUUCUCCACAAAACAGCUGAUGCUGAAAAAAAGCCAGGAGAAUAGAAAAGGGGAUCUGAAGAUGGUUACAACAAAUGAAGGGCUUUGCAUCCGAGUGGAGAAGAAAAAUAUUCAAGAAGCCAUGACGGAUGUUCUGGUCAACAGUGUUGGCACAGAUCUGCAGUUUGGUGUGGGGCCUCUUUGCAAAGCCUUGCUGGAAAAGGCUGGACCAGCUCUCCAAGAUGAGUUUGACACUGAAAAACAAAAUCAGGUUGCUGGUGCUGGGAGUGUGCUCUGCACUAGUGGAUGUGCUAUGGCCUGCAAGUCCAUCUUUCAUGUCAUACUACCCAAGUGGAAUGGAGGACAGACAGAGAAGGUCCUAGAAGAUGUGAUUGAUUUGUGCUUGAAGAAAACUGAAGAACUUGGACUGAAAUCGAUCGCUUUCCCAGCUGUUGGGACUGGAGGAUUUGGAUUUCCUAAAUUCACUGUUUCUAAGUUAAUGUUUGAUGUGGUAUUCAGGUUCAGUAGUAGUCACACUUGGAAGAAUCUCCAGGAAGUUCAUUUUUUCUUGAAUCCACAAGAUACUGAUAACAUUCAGGCUUUUACCACUGAGCUAGAACUUAGGGCAGGUGGAAGUUGCAGUGCUGCAGCAGCACAGCCAAGUUUCAUGAGGCCUGUUUCUGAUGAACUGUUGAGAGUUCAUGAAAUGAAGAUUGGUUCCAUCACACUCCAAGUAAUUAGUGGAGAUAUUACUAAGGAAGAUACAGAGGUUAUUGUAAACAUAUCAAAUUCAUCAUUUGAUGCCAAAACAGGAGUCUGCAAAGCAAUUAUGGAUGCUGCUGGUUCCCAGGUAGCAAACGAAUGUGCUCAAUACGCUGGGCAGUAUCAAAAUGGCUUUAUUACUACACAGGGUGGGAACCUAUUGUGCAGUAAAAUCAUCCAUUUGAUUACCAAUAACCAGGUGAAGAGUCAGGUCUCCCAAGUGCUUCGUGAGUGUGAACAAAGGAUGUACAAAUCUGUUGCCUUCCCAGCUAUUGGAACAGGUCAAGCAGGACAGAAUUCAGCCAAGGUAGCUGAUGAAAUGUUGGAUGCUAUAGUGGAAUUUGCAAGACAGCCAUCAGUACAGCAUUUACAGACAGUUAAGAUUGUGAUCUUCCAGACAAAUAUGCUCCCAGUCUUUUAUGAAAGCAUGAAGAAAAGAGAAGAUUCAGGUUCAUCCACAAGAUCAGAACCACCAACAGAAUCAUGGUUUUCUAUGUUUAAAUCCUUUUUUUGGAACAGAAAGCAAUCUUCUGAGAAGAAAAAGUCCAUGAUUUUGGAGAAGAAAGAUGAUUUAGUCACAUUUCAAAUUUGUGGAGAAAGCCGAGAAAAGGUGGAUGCAACUGAGUCCUGGAUAAAGAAUUUAAUUUUAAAGGAACAGUGUGAAAACAUUAUUUCAGAUGAGGCAAUUGAAAGUUUUGAUGAGACGCACAUUGCCAUUUUGAAAGAUCUCAGCCUAAGAAAUAAAGUCAAAAUUAAGUUUUUAAAUGAGCUUUCUCCCCCUCAAAUUAAAAUUUCUGGUAUUAGCAGGGAUGUCUAUUCCGUUUCUCUAGAAGUUCAAGACAUGAUCAAACAAAUUAAGUCUACUGAAGAAGAGCAGUCCAAGGCAGAACUUCUUUCCAACCUGGUAGAAUGGAGGUAUCCAGGAAGCAACGGUAGCUUUGUUACUUUUGAUAAACUGACAAAUAUGCAGCUGGAAAGUGCCAAAAUGGCUAAAAAACUAUACCUGGAUGUCAGAAUUAAAAAUAAGAACUACAAGGUGGAUCUGAAUACUCUGAAGGCUACUGAUGACCAAGGAAAAAUUAUAAAUCUUCAACGUGUGACAAAGCAUGAAGAUCUGCAGUCAAUAGAGCUCCCUAAGGAGUGGACAGACAUGCAAAAUGAACAGGUCAAAGUGGUGAAGCUCAAGCCAUCGCAUCCUGAAUAUAAAACUGUGGAGAAGAUGUUUCGGACAACAUGUUCCAACUAUAACAUAGAGAAGAUUGAAAGAAUACAAAAUCGCAUCCUCUGGCAGACAUACCAACUAAAAAAAAAAUUCAUCUGUGAAAAGAACAAAAAUCAAAAUAAUGAGAAGUUGCUAUUUCAUGGGACAGCUGCGUCCUCACUGAGGUCGAUUAACUACUAUGGAUUUAAUCGUGGGUAUGCUGGAAAGAAUGCUGCAGCCUUUGGAGAUGGAACCUACUUUGCUGUUGAAGCACGUUACUCUGCUCGGAAUACUUAUUCCAUUCCAGAUACAAAUGGCAAAAAGUACAUGUACUUGGCUCGGGUCCUAACUGGGGAGUACUGUGCUGGGAAAGAGGGCCUAAAGACUCCACCACCAAAGAGCCAAACAGAUCAUACUGACCUGUACGACAGUGUGGUUAAUGAUGAGGCUAAUCCAAUGGUGUUUGUCAUAUUUAGUGACAUUCAGGCAUAUCCACAGUACCUUAUUACUUUCAAACUUUAGAAUAACCUUAAUAGUAUAGAAAAUUUUAGUGCUUUUUACAUGUAAGAAUUUAAGGGCAAUUUUUUGUUCUUUUUACAUCUACGUUUCUUCUUUAUUAAUCUAUCCAUGUGUUGAAAUGUGUCUUCAAAUUAUCAACAGAAGGACUAGCAUAAGCAAAUAUUUUGGAGCAUGCUAUUUCAGUACUCAAAUUUCAAGUUCAGUUAUGCAGAGAUGUAGGGAAGAGCUGUGAGAACAGCUCUGACUUCUUCCUAGGCAAGGCAGAGGGGAGUGGUAGGAGAGGAAGCUGCUCUGCCUUACCUGUGGCCAGCAGUAAGAGGUGUGGGGUAGGUCAGAGCACCUCUGCAUGUUCCUGUUUCCAGUAGUCACCAUAGAGCACCUUCUUGUGAGGAUUUAUUUAAAGUUUCAAGAUUGUAAAGAGGGACUUUUAAUUUUUUUUCUUUUCAAUACUAAAGCAUUAACCUUUCUGUAGAAUCGCCAAUUUGUAGAAUCAGUUACAGAGACAUAAAUCAGUUCACAUGCUUAAACCAUUUGAAAAUUUUUAAAGUUCUGUAAAAAAAUUAAACAAUGGCAUUUUUACAACUUUGCCAGUGGCUCUUUUAAUCACAUCAUAAUCUUAAAACUGCCAAUCAAAAGCUAUAUUGACUGGUUUAAUAAAAUAGUUUCAAACAGCUACAUUGUAUUGCUGAGCUGCAACAAUCAAUUAGAAGUGUUGCUUCACAUUCAGUAUGUUACAGUGAUGCAAUAAAGAUUUUGAAGACA